AUGGCCAAUGUGGACGUUAAAGAACGCAGUACACUCUUCGGCAAAGAGUACGAUAUUAAGAGUCCCGUUGUGACGUGUCCAGCGAACAUAACAUUUUCGAGCACUAUUGUGACAUGGGAUUACGCAGAAGUCAUAGAUAACCUGGACACUGACCUGCCCCUUACUUGUACGCCGCCUUCUGGUUCCUCGUUUGCUGUUGGUUCGACAGAUGUAAACUGCUCUGCUACUGAUGCUGCUGGUAAUACGGGUAGCUGUAUGUUUACUGUUUCCAUUACUGGCAAUAGUAAGUUAACAGACACAACUUCCACUUCAGUCUCAACUUCCACGAUAUUUUCAACUUCUACGAUAGGGAUUAUUUCUUCUGUUGUAAUUAGUGUACUACUAUUGUCUGCGUGCCUUAUCUUCUACAGAUUCCACACGAAUCAGGCAAAUAAACAUAAACUGCUCGGAGCAAUCAUAAAAACCGUAGCCGAUAAGGCGGACAGCUACGAUACUCAACCAAAAGAACGAGUGAGACCUGACUCAGCCGGAAUAGACAAUAUAUAUGAUUUUAUUAUUGAACAGGGAGCAACAGCUAAACCAGAGGCCUACGAAAUCCCAACGUUGACACAAGAAUUAUACAUUACUCCGAUAUAAUAAUAAUAAUAAUAAUAUCGAUUGGCAGUGGCGUA